GGGUUUUUCACUAGGCUGUGAAGGCAGACGCCUGUUUCCACACAACACAGACGGCUGAGCAGAAAUCAGAAGAGCCGCUUGCUCAGAACUGGAGGGAUCCCCGGCUAGCUGUACAUCUCCUCUCCUCUCCUCUGCCAGCAGGUCACUGUGUUGCCCAUUUAUUAAUGGAUGUGACUCCCCAUCCCAACUCCAGAGGGUACCAUUAACUGCCUGCCUGCAGGCAGAAUCCUAGAUGUCAAAAUGACAGAGCGCUUUGACUGCCACUACUGCAAGGAGACACUGUUUGGCAAGAAGUACAUUUUGAGGGAGGACAGCCCCUACUGCAUCAAGUGCUACGACAGCCUGUACUCCAACACGUGCGAGGAAUGCAAAAAGCCGAUUGGCUGCGACUGCAAGGAUCUGUCCUACAAGGACCGGCACUGGCACGAAACUUGCUUCCACUGCUUCCAGUGCAAGAACUCGCUGGUGGACAAACCUUUCGCAGCAAAAGAAGAACAUCUUCUCUGCACGGAAUGCUACUCCAAUGAAUACUCCUCCAAGUGUAGUGAGUGCAAGAAGACCAUCAUGCCAGGUACCCGCAAGAUGGAAUAUAAAGGAAACAGCUGGCAUGAGACCUGCUUUAUCUGCCAUCGGUGCCAACAGCCAAUCGGAACAAAGAGUUUCAUUCCCAAAGACAGUCAAAAUUUCUGCGUGCCCUGCUACGAAAAGCAGUUUGCUAUGCAGUGUAUCCAGUGCAAGAAGCCAAUUACUACAGGAGGAAUUACUUACCGGGAGCAGCCGUGGCACAAGGAGUGUUUUGUGUGCACCGGGUGCAAAAAACAGCUCUCUGGGCAACGCUUCACUUCCCGGGAUGAGUUUGCCUACUGUUUGAACUGCUACUGCAGCCUCUAUGCCAAGAAGUGUGCAGGAUGCACCAAUCCAAUCAGUGGACUUGGCGGAACCAAGUACAUCUCCUUUGAGGAACGCCAGUGGCACAACGAUUGCUUCAACUGCAAGAAGUGCUCCCUGUCGUUGGUGGGUCGCGGUUUCCUCACAGAAAGGGAUGACAUCCUGUGUCCUGAGUGUGGGAAGGACAUUUAAAAUGUGAAAGGAAUAAAACCACCACCAUCAGCUCUCACAAGGGCAUUUAUUUUCUCAAAUAAGCAAUGACGGCUGUGGGUUUUGACCAGAAGUGAAAAACGUGUUUGGGUUUUCCCCCCUACAAUAUAUAUUCAUCAGG